AUAUGCAGAGAGAACAAUGUAAGUAAACAAAUUGUACGUUGAUUUCCCUAAAAAAUGUGCUCUCAAAAUGUUGCUUUGUUUGUUUGAGUAUCCCAACCAGCCUGACAGAGCAACAUUGGUUCAACCAAUGGCAUGAGAUGUGGGGCGGGAUAUCUUUUUGUCCAACCAAUGGAAAACAUUGGUGACACUGGUGACACAGGUUCAAUAUACAGUAUUUGUGUUAACUCGGGGUUGAAAUGAGUGCUCUUUCCCAUUUCAUUUCAGUAAAAUGAGAGUGUGUACACGCCGACGCUCACGGACCUUGCGUGUGUGGUUUUUAUUUGUAUUCCUGAGUCUGCACUUUCUUUUGGCUUUACUGGUACUGUCCAUGUACAAUGCUUCCUGUGAGAUACAUUUAUAUCCAGACACCCAGACAUCCAACAGCCUCUCUGUACAGAAUACAUCCACUUCAGCAAGCAUGGCCGACAUGACAGGAAGUGAAAUUCAGGAAGAGGAAAUGGGAGACGCAGUUACCGACCUUGCCAAACUGGAGGCUCUGUAUUCCCACCCGUUGUAUAAUUUACCCACUCCACCUGUGCCUGAUGGUGACUGGCUGCUGAAAGUUCGAUCUAAGAGAAAGGAUGAAGCCCAGCACAGCUCACAGCAGUGGCAGAGUGCCAAUGAGGAUGGCUAUGAUCCUGUCCACUUAAACACCAGCUCUGAUUCACAUCCACCUUGGCUCCGUUUUCACCUUGGGAUAUCUCGCUGGCAGAUGUAUCAGCAUAAAGACCCCAACCUGUCAACGCUGACUCAUCAACUGGCAUCCUACCGAAUCGUCAGUGCAGUGCAGAAAUCAGGUGGGACACAGCUGAAGCUGGUGAUGACAUUUCCUAAUUAUGGACAGGCUCUCUUUAAACCCAAGAAACAGGAACGGCAUGAGGAAACCAAUGUGAAUCUGUAUUACUUCUCCGACUUUGAGAGGCACAAUGCUGAGAUUGCCGCCUUUCACCUGGACAGGAUAUUGGGUUUCAGGAGAAUGCCUCCAGUGGUUGGGAGGAUCAUUAAUGCAAUUAAAGAGAUCAAAGACAUCACCACAGAUCAUAAACUGGUCACCACUUUUUUCAAGUCUCCAGUAGGGAAUACAUGCUUCUAUGGCCAAUGUUCCUAUUACUGUUCCACUGAGCAUGCUAUCUGUGGGCACCCCCACAAGAUAGAGGGGUCUUUGGCUGCCAUGCUGCCAGAUAUAUCUUUGGCACCACGCCGCUCCUGGAGGAGUCCCUGGAGACGCUCAUACAGCCGGACCAAGCAGGCUGUAUGGGAAACUAACUCAGACUACUGUGAUGCAGUAAAAACGUCUCCUCCCUAUGAUCGAGGCACUCGACUGGUGGACCUGAUAGACAUGAGCAUACUGGACUUCCUCAUGAGUAACAUGGAUAGGCAUCACUAUGAAACAUUUGAGAAAUUUGGCAACGAUACAUUUCUCAUACACUUAGACAAUGGAAGAGCGUUUGGACGUUAUUCUAAAGACGAACCCUCCAUACUGGCUCCUCUUGUGCAGUGCUGCAGGGUCCGCCGUUCCACUUUGCUUCGUUUACGUCUGCUCUCCCUCCCUCCGUAUCGGUUGAGUGAUGUCAUGGGUGCAUCAUUGUCUCAGGACCCCCUUACAAUGGUGGCCCCUCUUCUCACUGAGCUGCACCUCUCGUCUCUAGACCGUCGCCUAGCAACAGUCAUUCAAACCAUCCAGGACUGUCUACAGCAGCAUCAACAUCACAGUGAUGUCAUAUAUGAUGACAUCACUGACUACUCUGGAUAAGACACAAUGGACCAGUCAAAUGCUCUUUUUUUUUUAAAAGUGACUUGCUAUUUGGUAUGGCAAUAAUCAAAAUAUAUGCCCUGCUGGUAUAACCAGGAUGUAAACACUCAGAAUAUUUCCUUCUACAAAUACAUAUACAGUCUGAUUGAAAAAUUCCCCCACAAAUACAAAAAAUAUGCAGGUUAAGUGAAUUGAAGACUAUAAAUUGCCCCGUAUGUGUGUGUGAGUGAGAGUCGACCAGACACUGGGGGUUGCGUCAGGAAGGGAUCUGGCAUAAGACUUGUGCCAAAUCAAAUAUAUAUGCAGACUAUCACGAAACGGAUCCCUCACCUACACAGGAAAAAUGCUAGGAAAGAGAGAGAGAUAUUAGUAGAUAGUUGGCCAGUGGCUGUUUUUUCUUGGAACAUACUCUACAUUCUCUAAAAGUUUUAUUUUAUAAAACACACAUAAGCUCACAUUUGAAGAGUUUUUGGUUUCUUCUUCAAAUUACCAGCAAAAAAGGAAUGUUCAGUUGAUUAUCACAACUUUAAAAUGGACAGCACUUUCACAACCCACUGCAACUUCAAAAUCAGAUAACUCUAGAACAGCAUGUAGGUAGACAUGAUCUUUGAAUUAAACAUACAUUUUAUGAAACAUCAAAUUUGAAUUUAA